AUGGCUCGCGUCUUUUGUAUCACGACUUCACUACAAAGAUCAUCAUCAUCAAUCUUCUUCUUCCCUAAGAUCCCAACCCGACCCGUUUACAGUUGCUUAUCACCCGCAACUAGAUCCAUCAGCGCCAUGAGCACCACCAGCAAAACCCAAGAGGAGCUCGAUUCCAUUUUCAAGCAGAAACGGGUCGUGCGUUCCACUGUCCGCAAAACCCUCAAAGCCAUGGAUCCUUCCCUCCAAACCCAGCAAGAUGAUGCCAUUCAAAGCACCGUUCUUGAAGCUCCUUGGUUCAAAUCAUGUCGGAGAUUGUGUGCUUACAUUAGCUGCAAGUCUCUCAACGAAGUCGACACUUGUAAAAUCCUCUCUCAGGCUCUGCAACAUCCUGAUCCAAAUACAAUGGCACAGAAAAAGCUAUAUGUCCCUUGGGUGGAGGAUAAGAACAGUAACAUGCGUAUGCUGCACAUAUCUCAUAUGGAUGACCUCAUUGCAAACUCGAUGAACAUUUUGGAACCAGCUCCAGUUGAUGCCCAAGGGAAUGAGCGUGAAGAUGUGAUGCAAGCAGAUGAACCCAUCGAUCUAUUCAUCUUGCCAGGUCUUGCGUUUGACAGAUGUGGGAGACGUUUAGGUCGUGGGGGUGGGUACUACGACACUUUCUUGAAGCGAUACCAGGACCGUGCAAAGGAGAAGGAUUGGAGUAAUCCACUGAUGGUUGCAUUGUCAUACUCGCCUCAGAUUCUUGAGGACGGAAGUAUUCCUGUAACGCCGAAUGAUGUUCUGAUCGACGCCCUUGUGACACCUUCUGGUGUGGUUCCCAUUACCCCUCGUGCUAUCGAG